ACUCAGAUCUACAAAUAACACCCUUCCGUGAAUAAUCAACCAUUGUCCUAUUGUUAUCCCUCCCCUCCCAAACAUUUCUUUUUCGUCUUGCCUCACUUUGGCGCGAAAUUCAGACAGAAAUCAACAUGGCGGACGGUAUGGAGGUUUCUCCGAACAUCCAAGAAAUUCCACGUUUAACCAUACAAUACGAUUGGAGAGAUGCAUUCAGAAAUGGUGAAAAGGCUUGGGUUGCAUGUUCCCGACUUGGUCAACCUUCUAUAUAUGGAGAUUUGAAGUACCAAUCAGAUGAUAGUGAAUCAGUACAGACUACUGAGGGAUUUACAGUUGAUGCAAUGGACAAUAGAUCAAUAACAGUCUCACAUCCUGAUUCAAAGUGCUCAUCAAAGUUUAUUUCUCCUUCUCAUGUUAUCUCUGGAAUCCAUAAAAAAUGUAUAAGGUGUAUUGAUAUUUCUCCUGGAGGUGCUUUAGGCGUUACUUUAAGCGAUGAUGAACAACUUACAGUAUGGGACACAAACACUGGAUCUAAAAGGUGUGAUCUAGUCGGCCACAUUGCUGAUAUCAACUGCUGUAAAUUCUUUCCGUCUGGUGAAGUAAUAGCUAGUGGUGGCAUGGACAUGACCAUUCGUAUCUGGUCAGCUAUUGAUGGUACUUGUCCAGUAAUACUAAAAGGACAUAAAGGAGGCAUCACAGAUAUUGAUAUUGUUGAUAGAGGUCGAAACAUAGUCUCAUGUUCCAGGGAUGGUACUGUCAGACUGUGGGACUGUGGUGAAUCUAAAUGCAUUGCUGUAAUAACAAACGUUGGCUGCCCAAUCAAUAACAGCAGCUUAAAAGCAGUUGAUGGUAUUAACCUUGGAAGAGAUGACUCACCAACAAGUGAUAGAGAAGUUGGCACCCAGGGAAAACUUCUUUUGUUAGCCAGAGAAGAUGGUGUUCUCUCAGGAAUUGCACUUCAAAGCCGUGAACAGGUAUUUGAGUUCAAAAAUCCCUCAGCUUUCAAUUGUUGUACUUUCUUGUCUGGUUUUGAAGUUUGUGGAGGAACUGAAGAUGGUAAAAUAUGGAUAUUGGAUAUCAGAAAUCCAAGUUCUCCACUUGCUAUGGUACAACGGUCCAAGUCUCCUUUACAGUCUGUCUUGUCGUUGGGUAAUACUGGAUUUGUUGCUUCAUCUGGCGAUGGAUCCUGUUUCUACUGGGACACCAGUAACUCAUUAUCAAAUGGGAAAAGUUUCACAUGGGAGUUGAUUGGUCCAGAUUGUGAUCCAGUUUAUAAGACCUGCCGUCAUGGUAACACAAUAUAUACAGUAUGUAGGGAUGCGUUAAUUAGAAAGUAUAUACUUGAUAUAUGAUAGAGACAGAAAUGAUGCCGUAGUUAAAUAGAGAUAAAAGAAAUCAAUGGAAUUACACAUCACUAAAAUAUGUAUAUCAGUCGCAUAAAGUUUAACAUCUGUACUCUCUUAAAUGAUUCUGUAUAAUUCUCCCACCCAAAGAAUGUAUUUUUUACUCUCAAGAUACAUAACAUAGAUUUCAUGCCUUUUUA